AACAUCGAGCCGAAAGCUAAGAAUCCGAAGCCCAAGAACGAAAGCCCAAAAAGGGCGAUGGUGGUUUAAUAAAAUCCCGGAGUCCGAGCCUCAAAAAUCCUCUGUCUUCUUCUCUCCCCAACUUCACGCCUCUUCAUCACUAUAUAUAUACACACCCACACUCAAUUGUAUCUAUUCUCGUCAAAGAAUAUAUACAUCUUGAAGAGAUUUUUUUACUUCUGAUUUUGGCAAAAAGAACAGUCUACAAAGAUACCUAGAAGAUGGCGAAUUUAGUCAUUACUGGUAUCUUGGAGAAGAUGACUGGGAAAGAUAAAGAUUACAGAUACAUGGCAACUUCUGAUUUGUUAAAUGAAUUAAACAAAGAAGGCUUAAAACUCGAUAGUGAUCUGGAGAUAAAGUUGUCAAAUAUUGUCUUGCAACAACUUGAUGAUGCAGCUGGCGAUGUGUCUGGAUUAGCUGUGAAAUGUCUGUCUCCACUGGUAAAGAAAAUCCACGAGGCACAUGUGCUCGAGAUGACAAAUAAACUUUGUGAUAAAUUACUAAACGGAAAGGAACAGCAUCGAGAUAUUGCAAGCAUAGCCCUGAAGACAAUUGUUUGUGAAGUCCCAACAACAUCAGCUGCACAAUCUAUACUUGUCUCUGUCACUCCAAAGCUAAUUAGAGGAAUAACAGGCCCUGGAAUGAACACAGAGAUCAAGUGUGUAUGUCUUGAUAUAUUAUGUGAUGUUCUGCAUACAUUUGGGAAUCUGGUGGCAUCAGACCACGAGGUUUUGUUAGGUGCCCUGCUUCCGCAAUUAAGUUUCAAUCAUGCCAGUGUGAGGAAGAAGACUGUUUCAUGUAUUGCCUCUUUAGCUUCAAGCUUGUCUGAUGAUCUGUUGGCAAAAGCUACAGUGGAAGUUGUUAGACUUCUAAAGAAUAAAGGAGCAAAACCCGAAAUGGCUCGUACUAACAUUCAGAUGAUAGGGGCUUUGAGUCGUGCUGUUGGAUACCGUUUUGGUACCCAUCUCGGAGACACAAUUCCUGUGCUAAUAAACUAUUGUAAGAGUGCUUCGGAGAAUGAUGAGGAACUUCGUGAGUACAGCUUGCAGGCACUGGAGAGCUUCUUACUAAGGUGCCCCAGAGAUAUAUCUUCCUACUGUGAUGAAAUUCUUGAUCUUAAUCUGGAAUUUCUUAGCUAUGAUCCUAAUUUCACUGAUAACAUGGAGGAGGAUACUGAUGAUGAAAGCCAUGAGGAAGAUGAGGAUGACGAGAGUGCUAAUGAAUAUACCGAUGAUGAGGACGUCAGUUGGAAAGUCCGAAGAGCUGCUGCGAAAUGUUUGGCAGCUUUAAUUAUGUCUCGUCCGGAGAUGCUGUCAAAGCUGUAUAUAGAGGCUUGUCCAAAAUUGAUUGACAGAUUCAAAGAGAGAGAAGAAAAUGUUAAGAUGGAUGUGUUCAAUACAUUUAUUGAAUUACUGCGUCAGACACGAAAUGUCACAAAAGGGCAGAAUGAAAUUAAUGAGUCCAGUCCCAAGUGGUUGUUGAAACAAGAAGUACCCAAAGUUGUUAAAUCUAUCAACAGGCAGCUGCGCGAAAAAUCUGUCAAGACAAAGGUUGGCGCAUUUUCAGUUUUGAAAGAACUUGUUGUUGUCUUGCCUGACUGUCUUGCUGACCAUAUUGGAUCGCUCAUUCCAGGAAUAGAAAAGGCCUUGUGUGACAAAUCCUCUACCUCGAAUUUGAAAAUAGAGGCUCUAAUAUUUACAAGAUUAGUGUUAGCUUCUCAUUCUCCUCCUGUGUUUCACCCUUACAUUAAGGCUAUCUCUGGUCCUGUUUUAUCAGCUGUUGGUGAACGUUACUACAAAGUUACAGCUGAGGCACUAAGAGUAUGCGGGGAGCUUGUUUGUGUCGUCCGCCCCAAUGUGGAGGGGUGCGGUUUUGAUUUCAAGCCAUAUGUUCAUCCAAUCUAUAAUGUGAUCAUGGCACGUUUGACAAACCAAGAUCAAGAUCAGGAGGUUAAAGAAUGUGCUAUUUCUUGCAUGGGGCUUGUCGUUUCAACAUUUGGUGAUAAUCUUAGAGCAGAGUUAACUGCAUGCCUACCUGUUCUUGUGGAUCGAAUGGGAAAUGAGAUAACUCGACUCACAGCUGUAAAGGCCUUUGCUGUAAUUGCUGCUUCUCCGCUGCACCUAGACCUCUCAUGUGUCCUAGAGCAUGUUAUUGCAGAGCUAACUGCUUUCUUAAGGAAGGCUAAUCGAGCACUGAGACAGGCAACACUUGGAACAUUGAAUACACUUAUUGUUGCUUAUGGUGAUAAAAUUGGUUCAGCUGCUUAUGAAGUUAUCAUUGUGGAACUCUCAACUUUGAUAAGUGACUCUGAUUUGCAUAUGGCUGCUCUUGCCUUGGAGCUUUGCUCUACCUUAAUGGCCGACAGAAAGUCAACACCAAAUGUUGGUUUAACGGUCAGAAAUAAAGUUCUUCCACAAGCUCUAACUUUAGUAAGAAGCUCGUUGCUCCAGGGACAGGCCCUCUUGGCUUUGCAAAGUUUUUUUGCUGCGCUGGUGUACUCCGCAAAUACCAGCUUUGAUGAUCUCUUAGACUCACUUCUAUUAACUGCUAAACCAUCAUCCAAAUCUGGAGGUGGUGUUGCAAAGCAGGCUCUAUUUUCUAUAGCACAAUGCGUGGCUGUUCUUUGCCUCGCUGCAGGGGAUCAGAAGUGUUCAUCUACAGUGAAAAUGCUUACAGCCAUGUUAAAAGCUGAUAGUGCUACAAAUUCGGGAAAGCAACACCUUUCCUUGCUAUGUUUGGGGGAAAUAGGCCGCAGGAAAGAUUUGAGUUCACAUGCACAUAUUGAAAAUAUUGUUAUUGAAUCUUUCCAAUCUCCUUUUGAAGAGAUAAAAUCUGCAGCCUCUUAUGCACUUGGGAACAUUGCUGUUGGUAAUCUAUCGAAGUAUCUGCCAUUUAUAUUGGACCAGAUUGAUAAUCAGCAGAAAAAGCAAUAUUUGCUUCUUCAUUCCCUGAAAGAGGUUAUAGUCAGACAAUCUGUGGAUAAAGCAGACUUUCAGGAUACCAGUGUUGAGAAAAUACUUAAUCUGCUGUUCAACCACUGCGAAAGUGAGGAAGAAGGCGUACGCAAUGUUGUAGCAGAAUGCUUGGGAAAAAUUGCUUUGAUUAAACCAGCAAAACUUGUUCCUGCACUAAAGGGGAGAUUGACUAGUCCGGCAGCCUUUACUAGAGCAACAGUAGUUAUCGCUGUAAAAUAUUCCAUUGUUGAACGGCCAGAGAAGAUUGAUGAGAUUAUAUAUCCUGAAAUUUCUUCUUUCUUGAUGCUCAUCAAGGAUCAGGAUCGGCAUGUUAGACGUGCAGCUGUUCUGGCCUUGAGUACAGCUGCUCAUAAUAAGCCAAACCUUGUGAAGGGCCUUCUUCCAGAGUUAUUACCACUUCUUUAUGAUCAGACUAUGAUUAAGAAAGAGCUGAUAAGAACAGUUGACCUUGGUCCUUUUAAGCACACAGUGGAUGAUGGCCUUGAGUUGAGGAAAGCAGCUUUUGAAUGUGUAGACACGUUGUUAGACGGCUGUCUUCAUCAAAUGAACCCUUCGUCAUUUAUAAUUCCAUACCUUAGAUCUGGUCUUGAUGAUCAUUACGAUGUUAAAAUGCCUUGCCACCUUAUCCUAUCAAAACUUGCGGACAAGUGUCCUUCAGCAGUACUUGCAGUGUUAGACUCGUUGGUGGAUCCUCUCCAGAAAACAAUUAAUUUUAGGCCAAAACAAGAUGCUGUGAAGCAGGAAGUUGAUCGUAAUGAGGACAUGAUCCGAAGUGCGCUCAGAGCAAUUGCUUCCCUAAAUCGCAUCAGUGGAGGAGAUUGCAGUCAUAAAUUCAAGAAUCUCAUGAGUGAGAUAUCAAAAUCCCCUACUCUUUGGGAGAAGUUUUGUUCUAUCCGGAACGAAUGAGGUGAUUGUCGAUACUUUCACCAAAAGUCCAAGGUUGUACCAUGGUCAUGGUUCAUAAUCUUCAUCUGAUAGAAGUAAAAAGAACAAAAGUAAAAAUGUAAUAGGACCAGCCUCAGAGAGAGAACAAGGCUAAUAGGUAAUGAUGGUUAGAGAAGGGGAUAUACCAUGUGAUCAUUUUUGUAUAUGGUUUCAACUGUUUGCUCUCUUUCUUGGUUCAUUGGCUAUUUUGUCUUCUGUUGUAACAAGUGUUAUUUUGGGUUUUGAUUCGGAAAUGGAAUUAUGUGUUUUAUAA